AUGCUCGCUUCAUCCUCUACAUCUUCGCCGAUCUUUUCAUCAUCAGUUGUGAAAUAUAACAUGAGGAGACCAAGAGUGGCAAACUCAUCCCUGUUCGCAAAUGCAUCUAUCAAAGCAUCUCACAGCAGGAUGAAACCUGUUGCGCAGUGUUCACAUAACGUGAUGCCAAUAUCUGAUCAAUUGUGGUCUAAUCAUCCAGCUACUAGCAAGGUCAAGGAGGUCUCUUCAUUGGAAAACGUUCUGAAGAAUUUUUGGGAUAAACAAAGGGAUCAAGUAGAAAACUUCACAGGGUUCAACCGCCAAAAUAAUUUGCCGCUAUCUAGGGUCAGAAAGAUUUUAAAAUCUGAUCCUGACGUCAAGAUGAUCAGCCGGGAAGCUCCUGCUUUGUUUUCCAAAUCUUGUGAAUACUUCAUUCUAGAGCUAACAUUACGCGUUUGGAUGCAUACUCAGUCACGCUCUAGUCAGACUAUCCGGCGUUGUGAUAUCUUCCAGGCCGUAAAGAAUUCAAAAAUUUAUGAUUUCCUGAUCGAUGUUGUUCCUUUUGGACCGCACUGUGUCACCCAUCAGGGUCUGCCAGAACAUGCAGAACCUGAGCAAGUGUUGCCUAGUCCUAAGAUGAUUCUGCCAGAACAUGCAGAACCUGAGCAAGUAUUGCCUAGUCCUAAGACGAUGAUUCUGCCAGACAUGAAUGUUCCAGUCGAUAUGAACGAGAUUGAGCAGGAGAAUCCGGUAACCGAGCGCUUUAUCAAGAAUAAAGGGUUUGACCUCAACUUGAUCGCCAGUGAAGAUGAUUCUGAUGGAAGUGGAGAAGAAAUUUGA